CCGCGCGUGCUUCGCAGCCGGCGCUAAUCUGAGUAGCUUGCUCCAGCCCACGGCGUAAGAUUUUACACCAUGCUCUAGCCAGUCCACCAAGGGCCAUUCCUGUGCAGCUGCGCGCUUGUUGUGCGUACGCUGCGCCCGCACAUUUUGCCUCUCGACCCCUUUCGUUGACAAAGCGCCGAGAGCCAUGGGCCGGGGCUGCAUCAUCGGCUGCUGCAUGUGUCCGGCAUGUCGGAAAUAGCCCGCCCCGGCGCCUCUCGGCGAUAACGAUCUGGAAAGCAUCACCUAUCCGGAGCAAAUCGAGGAGAUUCCCGCGACGGUCAAUUUCACUGCACUUUGCCAGGACGACUUCACUAUGAAUCAGUCUGACCUACUGACAUUGCGCAACUGCGAUGCCAAAUGCACUGCCACCCCCUCAGUCUUCCGUCACAUGGUCCAAGAACAAGAUGCGAAGGAAGGCAUUGACAAUGUCUCAUCUGAAAAGAAAACACCGGUGCAAGUUUCCAGUGCAACGAAGCCAGGGCGAUCUCUUCUCAAGCGAAAAGUGUGUGCAUCUAGAUUCAGCCUAAGGCAGGUGCCACAGCUACCAGGCAGAAGUGUCAGCAAAAAUGGAUUUGACCUUGUCUGUGCAAAUCCUGGGCAAUCACUGUUGAAACGAUGCCAGGCAUCAACCCUGCAGCAGGAUAGGCGACCAGUGACUUGCUGUACGAGCACUGCCAUGGCCAGCUUUCACCACGCACAACCUGGGCAGUCACUCCUGAAAGAACACUGGGCAGUUCAUGCACCCAACAUGAACCUAAACAGGCAGCCAGCAACUCGGGCUCUGAGAAAAACUGAGGCAAUUAUUCCAGAAAUACUGCCAGGCCAAUCAAUGCUACGACAGCAGCAAGCAAUUUGUGUGGAGAGUCCAAAGCAGGACACACAACCACCUGUUAGCAAUUCAGGCAAACGUGGACAUAAAAUUGGUCCUGGCCAGUCACUGCUAAAGCGCAAGCAAGAACUUUGUGACCUAAACCGAAGGAAGGAUUCACAAUCAAUCGUUACUGGUGGGAUCACAAGAGAUUCCAGCUCCACAAGCAUCGGCCAAGGUGAAUCAUUCAUAAAGUCACGAGCAGUGUCUCCCAGUACCUCAACGUGCAAUGAGUUGGUAAAAGGGCGAGGCUUAGUUUCAAAGGGGCAAGACCAAGUGUCAGAAAUGCUGAAACAGAGACAGCAGCUGAAAUAUUGCACCUGGAAAGGAGGCUCUCUGCAUCACAGUGUCGAGUCAGUGUAUUGGAAACCCAAAACAAGAAUCUCAGAGCAGGCAUUUCAAGGGGUGCCACAAAGGCGAGUGGAGCAUGUGUGCCAGGACUGCAACUACUACACGCCACCCCUUAGCAACGACCAACGUCACAGGGUGACAGCGCGAUGCCUUCAUCGUCGGAACGUUGCUGAGAAGGACAAGGAACACCAAGCUGUCCUGGAGGAAGAAAAAUGGCGCAGACAGCACUCGUCAGGCGGCGCAGCGAGCGAGAUUGCGAGGCUGCUUCAGUGCUGCUAAGGCUUAAAGGGAAGCUGAAGCGGUUUUCAAUUUCCAUGAAUAGCUGGGAUUGGGAAGAACAGACCUAAUAAUUUACGGUUCCAUAAUUUUUUUCUUCGUUUUGUUAAUAUAAGGGGCGGAAAUCGCUUUCUAAAUCACCCCCGCGGACACGCCCCCAUCGCUUCCCGGAGCGCCGGGUGAGGAGGUUACCAGAGGAGAGAACCGGCGAGAGUGACGUCACUGGCGGGGACCGAGCUGCCGGACCGGCGUGCUGGCAUGCGCUGGCAUGCCUCUUUCCGUCCUGCGCUUUACUGAACGACGCUACGAGAGAUUUGCCGCCGCCGCCGCUCACGUUUGUUUUGCGAUUUUCGUAAACUGUUCUUUCCUUCUGUGCUGCGUGAGUGCCUACAGCCAAGGGCGCCCAACAUGCCCUCGUUCUGUGCAACAUUCGGCUACGCGAACACACGCAGGCGAGACGAUGUGGUGUUUCACAGGUUCCCGAAGCACAAGAAGCUUGCAGCGCAGUGCGGUGAGGAGAGAUAAGUUCGUGCCGACGAAGUCAACUGUGCUGUGCUCGGACCAUUUCCGCGAUAGCCGGAUAGCCUUACGACAAAUGCGGAAACGCGUUGUUGCUAGCUUUGCUAUACUCCGUUUCAUACAUCAGGUGCAACGCUGUGGAGGCUUGAGAUACUUCUUGCAGUGGCUGCGUUCGCACUUAGAAAAAGUUCGGUGUUUCUUGACCCAAUUUUUGAGAAAACUUUUCAUAUAUAAGCUCAGUUCUGAAUGAAAAAAAAAAAGAAUUUACCCAUAGAAACAAUCCGUGUACUUAUACGGCUGCUAACACGUUCUUUUAAAUCAAUUUUCUUUUCGGCAUUCUUUAAUUGCAGCCCGUCGCGGCAGCUUCACGUGCAUGCUCGCGCGAGCAAAUGCCGCUGGCACGCUGCGAACCAUAGUCGGAAACGCGCGCAGUAAUAAAUUUUGGUAACCGGACUUCGUGCGUAGCUUCCACAGCGUUGCACCUGAGGUAUAAAUUGGAGCAUAGGCUUGCCUAGUGACAUUCGACGUACGGUUGCAGUUAUGUUUACCACACGGCGGUGCUAAAACUGCCUAAUAUCUUUAUGUCAACACUAGCAUGGAGCGCGCAUACCAAUUCUUGAUCGAGCCACAAUCGCAAAGUCGUCGAACGAUAUUCUGAAUAUUGCACAUAUAAUCCCCCUGACCAUCUCGAUCUGGAUGUGAAUGUUAAGUAACUUCCAAGACUGUACCUCGCAGCACUGCAUGUGCGCGCUUUGAAACGCGGCACUUAUGUUCGCGAUCGUGUAUCAACGCUCAGAAAACCACGGGACUUCAGACAAGCAGCGGCAAGGUGCUUGACAUCGCGGAAUUGUACCCGUGUUUACAAUCUAAUGAGAAGUUAGUGCUUCGGCAUUCUUCCAGCAGCAAGUUCCCAGUGACACUUUAGCGCAUUUUUUCUCCCGUCAUUGGAACGUGCAGCUACAUGAAAAAAAAAAGCAUACGUAACAGCUAAGAUUUCCAGCACGCGAGAAGGUGUACACAUCGCUCUCGCUUUUGGCACACUCAACAUCGUCGUUGCCGCCGUUGCCGCCAUCGUUUUCCGUAUCGGCUGUCGGUUCGAACAUGUACGGCGAAAAUACAAGCUGUCCGAGACAGCGAGAACGUUCCAUAAUGCUUACAACUCAGCUGUGAAGCCAGAACAGAACAGCGUGCUACGCUCUCAAACGGCGGCUCCGACCAAUCACGGGCAACAGCGGCGUUCGCGCGAUACCCUGAGGCGCUGGUGCGCGUUUUCAUGAAAAAACAGCCGCUUGCGCUUGUUUCCGCCCUUUUUGAACGAGAUAUUCGUGUUCAGGGGACUCAAAACUGUAGAAUGCCGCAGAGAACUCAUUUUUUUCUAAAAGUGUUUCAGCUUCCCUUUAACGAGCCGCUGUAGGAGCGCGAAAGUGAAGCCGCUUCCGCCCUGCUCGAACUUCACGAUUGCUGCUUGGUCAAAAGCCCUAUUUCUUAGUCGAAGCUAAACCGUGCGUAGUUAAGAUGGUGUCCCGCUAAUUCUUCCUAACGCCGUUUUGACAUUCAUUUGAUUUUUUUUCAAUAUUUCUGUUUUAUUCAAAUCGGCCCCGUCUGGUUGGAUUAUGUAGCGGGGCCUCUAUUCUUGCAGGUUGAGUUUAUCGCCAUUUGCUUUUUUAUUCUUGGUAGCUCACAUACAGAGUGGGAUAUAGAGUACACAUACACUGACAGCUCAUAUACAGGGUGGCCCAGCUACGUUUAGCCACACACUCAAAAUUAUGGGAAUGCCGCGUAGCUCGACAGAACCAGGUAAAGUUUGGCGUCGCCUGGAUAUGCUCAUAUUAUUUUUUCGUUCGGCCAAAUUAGAUAACUAGGCUUUAUUAUUCAAUUUCUCAAAUAUAAUUUGACUAAAACUGUCAAUGAGAAAAUUGUAGAGCGACUUGAAAAACUACGGAUACAGCUUUCUGUUGCUCAACACGAGCUACAUAAAGGUGUUUUUGCGAGCGUGAAAUAAGUUUGCGUGAAUACACGCAAAACGGCCGCGCGACUGGCUUCUCGAGGCACUUUCUUUGCAUGCUGUCGUGGGCUUCUUUCACACUCGGAAAAACAUUUUUAUGUAGCACGUAUUGAGCAACAGAAAGCUGUGCAGGUA